UCCUCCGCCUCGCCGUGUUGUUGCUGCCCGCGGCCGUCUCCUUCUAGAAGCUUCCACACCGGCGAGAUGUUCCUCUCGAAGCUUCCAAACGCUCCCCGACGCCCAUGGCGCCCUUGCCUUCUGGACGCCCCUCGUCCCCUCUGCGCGCUCCCCCGCCACCGCCUCCUCCCAGCGGCGCCCGUACCAGCGAGGUGGCAACGCGUGCCGCCUUUGGCCGCCGCCGCGUCGUCCGCCUCGUCCUCCUCUUCAGGUUCUCCGUCGUCGAGGAAGAAUAGGAAGGCGCCCGAUGAGAGCGGGAGGUGGAAGUCGGUGCCGCCCGGGAUGCGGGAAUCCGCCGUCCCUGGCCCCGACGAACCGCCUCCGGCGCCGCCACUCCCUUGGACGGCGCGGCGUCGGGCGCGGGCGGCGUGGCGGAAGGUGGCCUCCUUGGUGCCCCGGAAGGCGAGGAGCGUCGUCUUGCUCAAUCUGGUCACCCUCGUCUUCGCAAGCAACAUAUCUGUUGUUAAAGAGGCAGAGACUAUGUUAGAUCCUGAUCUUUUCAACGUACUGCGCUUCACCAUCUCAGCCAUCCCUUUUGUACCACUCUUAUCGAAGGCACUCAGUGAUGUUCAAGUCUUUAUUAAAGGAGUGGAGUUGGGCAUUUGGGUAGCCAUUGGUUACCUUGCUCAGGCUAUUGGUUUAGUCACAGCUGAUGCUGGUCGCACAGCUUUCAUUUCUUCCCUCACAGUGAUCAUUGUCCCUUUCUUGGAUGGUAUCCUUGGAGCAGAAAUACCUGCAUAUACAUGGUUUGGAGCAUUUUUGUCCCUUACUGGGGUUGGUAUUCUGGAGUUAAGUGGUUCUCCGCCAUGUGUCGGUGAUCUUCUGAACCUCCUUAGUGCCUUUUCUUUUGCAAUUCAUAUGCUCAGGACUGAGCAUAUUUCUCGAAACAUGAAGAAAGAGAAUUUUCCAGCUCUUGUUGGAUGUCAGGUGCUUGUCGUAGCAUUUGUAUCUGCAGUCUCGUUCUUUAUUAAAUGCAUCAUCCAGAAUGCGGACCACUGGACUUUACAAUUACAGUCACCGAUGAUGUUAUUUGGUACAAUUAUACAAUUUCCCUGGAUGGCAAUACUAUACGCAGGCAUAUUCUCAACUACCUUUUGUUUAUGGGCAGAGGUGGCUGCUAUGCGUGAUGUAUCAGCUACAGAAACUGCUAUAAUUUAUGGUCUGGAACCAGUAUGGGGUGCAGCUUUUGCAUGGGCUAUGCUUGGCGAGAGAUGGGGCAUUACAGGGUUCGUUGGAGCUCUCUUCAUCAUAGCUGGUAGCUUUAUGGUUCAGAUACUGGGAUCAUUUCCUGAUGUAUCUGGAGGGGACAGUUACCAUAUGAGCACUUGAAUGCAUACAUUCAAGGGGCAGAUGAUGACCUUUUUCUUCAAGAAUAAUAACUCAGUAAACUCUUAAUGGUGACGACAUAAGCACUUGUCCUGUUUUUAAGGCAAGCUAUUAACCAUAUUGUAAAUACUGAUACCUAAUACACUAUAAGGUAAAUAGUUAAGAACUGAAGGCAGUUACAACCAGUAGCACAAGGUAUGGAAGUUCGGUGCCUGAACGAAGUUGAAGAUAGCUUAACAGUGACAGAGGCAUAAAGGUGCCAUGGAUUUACUAUCUGUUGUCUGGAGAUAACCAAUUUUUUAUAUGUAUUGCUUAACUCAGUCCCAAACAUGCUGAGAUUACAUUCAACUUAUCAGGCGGGUUAAUAAAACACAGUAAUUCUUUUUAUCGACAACAUUUUCUCAUUGUAAAUUCAUCCAUGUGACAAUAGACAGCAGCAGUGUCGAGUGUCGUCUUCCUUGGCCUGUCGCCGUUCAUCGUCAAGCUUGUCUUUCACAGCAGGGUCAGAAACAUGUCAUCGCUCAUCGUCAAGCUUGUCACACAGCAGCAGCGUCAGAAACAUGUCGUUCGUGGACAUCAGAACUCAGAGAGGCCCAGAGACUGCUCAAGUGUACGACUCUGCCCCUCCAACAAUGGCGCCCUCAACCUCAAACCUAAAAAGGCUUUCAGCGACAUCCUGCAGACAUUAUCCAUUGCUACGACGACAGCAUCUACCAUCUGGUGGCCAUAGUAAACCUCUCCUUCCAUUCGGACAUGAGCAAUCUGAUUUAUUUUUCCAUCACUCCUUUGCUUGUCCUCGUUCUUGGACAUGUCAGGUCCACGCACAUUGUCAGCAAAUGCCGACCCCCCCUCAUCGCAAUAA